AAGGGCCGCUGCCGUAAAGUGUAACGUUCAUGUGUCAUAACAGAAGCACGGUGGUUUAGUAAGAGGAGAUAUCUAUCAGUUUUAUGAUCGAUACUGGAUCUUAUUGACGAAGACUGCAGCGGCAUCAUGUCGAGUCCGGCUCUGCUGGUCCUGUACGGGAGUCAGACCGGGACGGCUCAGGACACGGCUCAGAGGAUCGCCCGUCAGGCUCAGAGGAGGAGGAUGAAGGUUCAGGUUCUUCCUCUGGACGGCUACGAUGUGGCCAACCUGAUCUCUGAGGCUCUGGUGGUCUUUGUGUGCUCCACCACUGGACAGGGAGACCCUCCGGACAACAUGAAGAUCUUCUGGAGGUUUCUCUUCAGGAAGUCUUUACCUGCGGGCUCUCUGGGUCGGCUGGACUGUGCCGUGCUGGGUCUGGGGGACUCGUCCUAUCCAAAGUUUAACUUUGUGGCGAAGAAGCUUCAGAAACGUCUCGUGCAGCUCGGAGCGAGCGCGCUGCUGCCUGCUGGACUGGCUGACGACCAGCAUGACCUCGGGUCGGACGCUGUCAUCGACCCGUGGCUCACGUCGUUCUGGGAGAAGGUCUUGGCCGUGUACCCGUCUCUGUCUGACGUGGUUCCUCUGAGGGAGGACGAGCCGCUCCCUCCGUCGUACACUUUCCUCUUCUUGGACGACGUGAACGAGAAGACGGAGGACCGGCUGCAGAGUCGCCCCGCCUCCUCUGAGCCUCGUCCCUCUCCCUGCAGACUGGUGUCCAACCGGAGAGUGACGGACGAGUCUCACUUUCAGGAAGUGAGGCUCAUCGAGUUUGACAUCAGCGGGUCCAACAUCGAGUUUGCAGCCGGGGACGUGGUGAUGAUGCAUCCUCAGAACUUACCUGAGGAUGUGGAGCAGUUCUGUCAGCUGCUGAGGUUAGACCCAGAGGCUGAGUUCACCCUCAGAGCCUCAGACAACGCAGCAGUCCCGUCCAGGCUCCCUCAGCCGUGCUCUGUGCGCCACCUGGUGGAGACGUACCUGGACAUCGCCGCCGUGCCCCGCCGCUCCUUCUUUGAGCUCCUGUACACGUUCUCCUCCAACGAGCUGGAGAGAGAGAAGCUGCAGGAGUUCAGCUCAGCGGCCGGGCAGGACGAUCUGCACGGGUACUGCAACCGACCCCGACGUACCGCGCUGGAGGUGUUGUCAGAUUUCCCUCACACCACGGCUGAACUCAAAUCUGACUACCUGCUGGAUCUGUUCCCUGAGAUUCAGCCUCGCUCCUUCUCCAUCGCCUCCUCUCUGCAGGCUCAUCCUAACAGGCUGCAGAUCCUGGUCGCUGUAGUUUCUUACAAAACCAAGCUCUACAAACCCAGAAGAGGUCUCUGCUCCAGCUGGUUGGCCUCUCUGGACCCUGAUCAAGGGGAGGUUUUCGUUCCUCUGUGGGUGAAGAAGGGAACUCUGAAGUUUCCCAAAGAUCCCAACACACCUGUGAUCCUGGUGGGACCGGGGACAGGUGUGGCUCCGUUCAGGUCGGCUCUGCAGGAGAGGAACGCUGAGGGGAAACAUGGUAACGUCCUCUUCUUUGGCUGCCGCUCUGAGUCCAAAGACUUUUUCUUCAGGUCCGAGUGGGAGGAGAUGAUGAAGGCGGGACACCUGACGCUGCUCACCGCCUUCUCAAGAGAUCAGGAGGAGAAGGUGUACGUGCAGCACCGUGUGAAGGAGAACGCAGAGCUCCUCUGGGACCUGAUCGCAAAUAAGAACGCCUGUUUCUACAUUGCAGGUAAUGCCAAACAGAUGCCCGGCAGCGUGUGCGACGCUCUGAAGGAGGUCUUCCAGCAGGAGGGGGGCCUGUCCUCCGAGGAUGCGGAGCAAAUGCUGGAAGUCAUGGAGAAGACUGCACGGUUCCAGAGCGAGACCUGGUCCUGAUCACACGACUCUCUACACCUUCUCAGAGCCACAUGAAGCUGCUUUGACUGAAUGAUGGGAUCUAAAGGGAUCAUCCACUUUCUGUGAGAUCACGAGAGACCCGAUGUGAGACGAGGAGGAAGUAUCGUCCAACCAUCCUCUCUCUUUUAAUGACUUCCUGUUUCUGUCUUUGACACCAAGUAAGGGAAACUUUCAGCUUAAGAUUCAUUUGUUUGAACACAUUUUUUUCUGUCCAUAGACAGAGUAAAACUUUGAAUAUUGCCUUCUCAGAACGACUGAUAAUCAAGAAAGCUUUCCUCUACUCUGCCAAACUCCAACAAGCUUACUUUUUUUCCAAGUAAUUUCAAAUUUCACUUGUUUAAAAUUCAGUUUUAAACUGUCUGUGAUUAUUUUAGCAACUUUAGUGUGUUUAAAAUAGACAAAGACCUUCCUCAGACUACUCAAGACUACCCAAACAUGGGACUUCCACCAGAUCCGUGUCCGGUGAGUCUCCAAUCCGUUGCGGCUCCGUGCUCUCUCAUCCGUCUACAACCACCGGUUGCAUUUGUUGGAACGCAGCACUGAGCAGGACCUCCAGCUGGAGUCAUGUGACCGAGGUUUUCCAUCAGUAAUCACUGAAUCAAGGAUUCUCCUCCUCCUCUCCUCAUCCAUGUUGUCUUUCUGGUCCUCUGAAAACCUCUGACCUGUUGACUCCAGGCCUGGCUCCGCUCAUCAUGAUGGUUUGUUGUUGUAGUUAAGUGAAAUACGAUCUGGUGAUAACAGUGUUUUAUUCUGAAAAUUAACCGGAUGUUUUCAUUUUGUUUUGGUGCCUGACUUCCUGUCCCGCUCCAUCUGCUCUGUUGAGAUUGAUGCGUCGUGCUCUGGCAUUAGGCAAAAAUAGAAGUCUUAGAAGAGACGCAGCCGGAACGCAACGGAGCGGAUCCAGUGGAAGUUAACACAUACACUAGAAUAGAAGCCUAUCAUAUCCCGUGCUGUGGCGGUUUAGAGAUGGACUGGACACGGAUCUGGUGGAAUUUGGCCAAAACUCUAGAUUUGACCCUUUAAAGCUCAAAUAAAUGACCCUCUUGUCAUUAGCUGCAUAUCACAUGCUUUAAAACGUUCACCUGUCUUUAAAAAAAGGAAGUUCUUUUUUUAUUUGAUGCACUUUCUGGUUGUCUGAAGCUGUCACAUAGGAAAUGAUAUAAGCCUAGUACACUUAGUUACCAGAGAGAGGUGACUGAACUCUUUACUUGAAGGACCAAUAACGAUGCAGCACACGUGAUUGAUAAAGUGAAAUGUAAUUAUUAAUAAACAAUGAUUUAAAGACAUCA